AUGCGUUCCAUUUCUAUUCUUCUUCCUUAUCUUGCCGUUGGAUUCGUAGCGGCCAAUGCUCCAUCUGGCCCAACUGUGACCGUCACGUCAAUCCGCACCCACACCGUCUAUCCCGUCACGAGCCCCAUCACUUGUGCCAAGCUCAGCAAGUCGGUUUUCGUGGGUACCGGUCAGGAUCAAGCUAUCGGCGAUGAAUAUGCCUCCAUCUGGGACCAUGCAAAGACCGAGUACAACGGGCAGUGGGACGAUUGGAAAAACGUGGUACCGACCUCCUUACCAACCACAACUGCUGGUCCCAAGUCGAGCAGCACUAGCUGGAGUAUUGGCACUGUGUCCUCCACUACCACCGGGCCCACCUCGUUGUCCUCUGUGAUCAGUAACUCGACCGAGGUCUGCAACGACAACCUCAAUCGUUCAAAGUGGUGCAACGGCAAGAGCAUAGCUUCGGAUAAUACCAAGAACGACUACUAUACUGGUGUCGUCCGCAAGUAUACUUUCACAAUCACCAAUACCACCCUUGUCUUCGAUGGACUAGUCGUAUGUUCUCACAAGAGUCAAGAUCUAGUUUGA